CCGGAAAUGCAUAUGCUAGCUUUCUGUGUGCUUAGGUGCCCGAGCUACUGAGGGUCUAGGUCCAGACAGCCGAAAAGAGUGUGGUUAGCAAGAUGAACAAAGAUGCGCAGAUGAGAGCAGCAAUUAACCAAAAGUUGAUAGAAACUGGAGAAAGAGAAUGCCUCAAAGAGUUGCUGAGAGCUAAAUUAAUUGAAUGUGGCUGGAAGGAUCAGUUGAAGUCACACUGCAAAGAAGUAAUUACAGAAAAAGGACUAGAACACGUUACUGUUGACGACUUGGUGGCUGAAAUCACACCAAAAGGCAGAGCCCUGGUACCUGACAGUGUAAAGGAGCUCCUACAAAGAAUAAGAACAUUCCUUGCUCAGCAUGCAGCCUUUAAGAUUGAAUUAGAUUCCUGCAGGAAGAAAGAAGAUAACGGAAACUCCAGAGCAAGGCUCAAGAAACUGCAAACUGUGGUUAGAAACCAGAAACAGGAGUGGGGGAGGUCUUCUGGAUAG